AUGAGGUCUUUAGCUUCGCUUUCUGCUUCGGCGCUGCUGUUCCCUGCAGCUCUGGCUGUCUCUGUUAGCGAAAUCAAUGGCAAUCGCUUCCUGUCUUCCUACAAUGGCGAAAUCGUCUCCAAUGUCCGCGGCCUCGUGACUGCGAAGGGAUCGAGCGGGUUCUACAUUCGCUCGACCAGCCCUGACAACUCGUCUUUAACGUCGGAGUCGCUGUAUGUCUAUGGAUCCAGUGCGGUGUCUAAAGUCUCGGUCGGAGAUAUCAUCACGCUCGGCGGAAAGGUCUCCGAGUAUCGCUCAUCGAAGGCGUACGUAUAUCUGACUGAGCUCACCUCCCCAUCGGAUAUCACUGUGGUAUCGAGCGAUAACGAGGUCGUGCCACUGGUGAUCGGACCAAAGGGUCUGAGUCCUCCGACGGAGCAGUUCUCUGCCUUAGACGAGGGAGAUAUCUUCGGCAUACCGAACAACGCGAGUCAGAUCUCUAGCACGAACGCCGUUCUGCAGCCGACCAAGUAUGGCAUGGAUUUUUGGGAAAGUCUCAGUGGCGAACUGGUCACGAUUGGUGGCUUGAAUGCUAUCACAAAGCCAAACCAGUACGGAGACACUUGGGUGAUCGGUAACUGGACGGCCACGGGGAGGAAUGAACGCGGCGGAUUGACUAUGCAGAAGAAGGACUCCAAUCCCGAAGCCAUCAUCGUCGGAUCCCCGCUAGACGGAACCAAGAAUCCCACUGAUACGAAGGUCGGGGACACUAUCGAGGACAUCACGGGCAUUGUGACCCAAGCCUACGGUUACUACGCCCUCCUCCCCUUGACCAAGCUCUCCGUCACCGCCUCAAACUCGACCACCGCUGAAGCCACGGACUUGGUCUCCGACGGCACCUGCAGUGGCCUGACCGUCGGGAGCUACAACGUGAAUAACCUCUCGCCCAACUCGUCCACCUUGACCGGCAUCGCAGGCCACAUCGCCAGAGAAUUGAAGAGUCCUAGCCUUGUCUUCUUGCAAGAGAUCCAAGACGACGACGGCGCUACCAACGAUGGAGUCAUCUCCGCCAAUAAGACCCUCUCCGCCCUCGCCGACUCCAUCAAAUCCCAAGGCGGCAUCACCUACGACUUCAUCAACAUCGACCCCAUCGACGGCAAAGACGGCGGCCAACCAGGCGGCAACAUCCGCGUCGCAUACCUUUACGACCCUGAAGUCCUGCAACUGCGCACUCCGAACCCCGGAACAAGCAGCGAAAGCAAUGAGGUUCUUUCCGGUGCUGAGCUGAAAUAUAACCCCGGUUUGAUCGAUCCGAGUAACUCGGCCUGGGAUAAUAGUCGCAAGCCACUCAUCGCGGCGUGGGAGACCCUGGAUGGGAAGAAUAAGUUUUUCACGGUCAAUGUGCAUUUCACGAGUAAGGGGGGUGGGUCGUCGAUUGAUGGUGAUGCCAGACCUCCUGUGAACGGGGGAAUUGAGAAGAGGGAGGAGCAGGCGAAGAUUGUUGCUAGCUUUAUCACCGAGAUCCUCGCCGAAGACGGCAAAGCCAAGAUCAUCACCUCAGGCGAUUUCAACGAGUUCGCAUUCGUUCAGCCACUGACUACGUUCACGUCAGAGUCGAAGCUCCUGGAUAUCGAUGACGUGGUGAAUACCCCGGCGACCGAGAGAUAUACUUACCUGUAUGAUUCGAACUGUCAGCAGCUGGAUCAUAUGUAUAUCAGUGAGGCGUUGACGGAAGGUGCCAAGAUGGAGCAUAUUCAUGUUAACACCUGGGUAUCGUACGAUGACCAACAAUCGGACCAUGAUCCGACUGUGGCUUUGUUGAAUGUUUGCCAGUCUUGA